GCUGAAGUUAAACUUAUCAUCAUCAAUCGUCUUCAAAAAUCGAAAUGGGUAUCGUUUUAAAAAUCUUUUAUUUUUCAUUGUUCAUAGUUCUGUUGGGACAAGAAACAAUUGCGGGUGGAGAUUCAAGCUGUAACCGGGACGUUGAACUAUGCAUAAAUCGAGGUUUUCAAGAUUGUUCCGUAUUUGGUAUAGGCGAAACAUCAGGUUGUCUUAAAGAUGUGUCGUUUACAUCGGCAAGGACACUAGGAAACUAUGUGUGUUCUGCAUAUUCGGAUGAAAAUUGCGAUGGCGAUUCCUUUGGUAUAACUCAACCUGGUGCAAAUUAUGGUUUUACUAUAAAAUCAGUAAAAUGUGAAUGUUAAAAAUCAAUAAAAGAAUGCAAAGCAAUGCAAAACU